GUGUCCAUUGCACACAUGGUUUCAAUAGAACUGGAUUUCUGAUCUGUGCCUUUUUGGUCGAGAAGUUGGACUGGAGUAUUGAGGCUGCUGUGGCUACUUUUGCUCAGGCUAGACCACCAGGUAUUUAUAAAGGUGACUAUUUGAAGGAAUUAUUUCGUCGUUAUGGCGAUGAAGAUGAUGCACCGUCACCACCUGAGCUACCAGAAUGGUGCUUUGAUGAAGAUGAAGAGGAGGAGGAUGAUAAUGGUAAAACUGGAGGCCAAGAAUCAGAAGCUGGAUCAUCAAGCUCUUCCUUUGGCAAGAGGAGAAAAGAACGCCUAAAGCUGGGUGCAAUUUUCUUGGAAGGAAUAACAGUUAAAUGUGUGACCCAGGUGACAACACAACCAAAGUUAGGAGGAAUACAGCAAAAAUGUCAGCAGUUCUGUGGCUGGGGAGGGGAUGAGAACAUUUAGAACUUGUCUGGAUUCCCUGGAGCACAGCCCGUUUCCAUGGACAAGCAAAAUAUUAAAUUUUUAGAGCAGAAGCCAUACAAAGUUAGCUGGAAAGCAGACGGCACUCGGUACAUGAUGCUGAUUGAUGGCAGGAAUGAAGUUUAUAUGAUUGAUAGAGACAAUUCGAUUUUUCAUGUAUCUAAUCUGGAAUUUCCCUUUCGUAAAGAUCUUCGCAUACAUCUAGCAAACACUCUUCUGGAUGGGGAAAUGAUCAUCGACAAGGUUAAUGGACAGGUUGUCCCUCGGUACUUGAUAUAUGACAUUAUUAAGUUUAAU